GUUAACUUGCACUACUAACCACUUAAUGCUAGCUAUGGGAGACUCUUCUAAAUCCUCUUCUUCUUCUUCAUCUUCUUCUCCUGCUACAUACAUUCGUAUGGUGCAGCAUCUGAUCGAGAAGUGUUUGAUCUUUCACAUGACCAAGGAAGAAUGCAUGGAAGCGCUCUCUAAACAUGCAAAUAUUAAUCCUAUUAUAACAUCCACUGUGUGGAAGGAGCUAGAGAAGGAAAACAAGGAAUUCUUCGAGCCUUACAUGAAGUCGAAAGCUAAAGACGACAGAAUGUCUCAGGAAGAGACAAACCAGAUAAUACAGAAGAUGAUGUCAGAGUUAGAUUCCUCUAAAGAUGACUAAACAGCCAUUGAAAACGAUAUGACCUUUGUGUUUUGGUACUUUAGUCCUUCAAAGUCUCAUGCAACAACUGGCCCAAAGGCACUGAUAUCCCUACGCUAUACUACUAUAUAUCUCUACUCUCUUGUCACUCGUCACUCCUCACUGUACAACUAUCGUACAUGGUGUCUCUACUUACAUGGAUGGAUGUGUUAUAUAUAUAUAUGCUAUGCUUUUCUAAUUACCUAUAUAUACCUAACUAGAGUUCUUGUGCAUAUGCUAUAUGGCUAGGUUAUCCACGACCUAGCAAAUAACACAAUGCCAUGUCAGCCAUGUAAUUUCAUCUCAGAUAGUAUAUGUAUCAGUAUAUAUGCAUGUAUAUUAUCACAUGUAUAUGUUUGUAUGGGAUUAGCUAGAUUGGUUGUAUCCAAGAACAGAAAUAUAAAUUGUCUCCUUUUAAAUAUUUACAUGCAUAUGUGGCUACAUAUUUAAUUUGUGAAAGGAGAUGUAGAUACAAAGACUAUUUUUCUCAA